UCCGCGGGAGCGUGCGGCGAUGGAGGGCGCUCUGACUGCCCGCCAGGUAGUAAAUGAAGGAGAUUCAAGCCUUGCCACGGAGCUACAGGAAGAGACUGAGGAAAAUCCUAGCCCUGUUGUGGAUGAGAAUGAUACAGUGCCAACCAAAAAGCAAGGACCGAGCACACAUAAUUGGAGCGGUGACUGGAGCUUCUGGAUCUCGAGUUCCACCUAUAAAGACAGGAAUGAAGAGUACAAACAGCAAUUCACACACCUGCCCGACUCCGAGAAACUGAUAGCAGAUUAUGCUUGUGCCCUUCAGAGGGAUAUUUUGCUUCAGGGGCGGCUGUACCUUUCAGAAAACUGGCUGUGUUUCUAUAGCAACAUCUUCAGAUGGGAAACUACAAUUUCUAUUGCUUUAAAGAAUAUAACCGUUAUGACCAAGGAGAAAACUGCUCGACUCAUCCCAAAUGCUAUCCAGAUCAUCACAGAGGGCGAAAAGUUUUUCUUUACAUCUUUCGGUGCCAGAGACAGAAGUUACCUAAGCAUAUUUAGGUUGUGGCAGAACGUACUAUUAGAUAAGAGCCUGACCAGACAGGAGUUCUGGCAGCUGCUCCAGCAGAACUAUGGCACGGAGCUGGGCUUAAAUGCUGAAGAAAUGGAAAACUUGUCCUUAUCAAUAGAAGAAAAUGUGCAGCCAAGAAGUCCAGGAAGAAGCAUUGUGGAGGACUCUGGGGAAAGGGAUGAAAAGUUCUCCAAGGACAUCCGCUUUCCACAGGAGUCAGUAAGCCGAGUCUCAGAAACUGAGUCCCUGGAUGGAAACUCGCCAAAAAGGGGAUUAGGAAAAGAAGAGCCCCAGAGUGAGAAACCUUUGAAAAAAAACCCUUCGCUAGCUUCGGGAAAGAGGUUAAGUAGAGCGCCCUCCAAAUCGCUGGACUUGAAUAAAAAUGAGUACCUUUCUCUGGACAAGAGCAGCACUUCAGAUUCUGUUGAUGAAGAAAAUAUUCCGGAGAAAGAUCUUCAAGGAAGACUUUAUAUCAACCGCGUUUUUCACAUGAGUGCUGAGAGAAUGUUUGAACUGCUCUUCACUAGCUCACACUUUAUGCAGAGAUUCACUACUUCUAGAAAUAUAAUAGAUGUGGUAUCUACACCCUGGACAGUUGAGUCUGGAGGCGAUCAGCUGAGAACCAUGACCUACACUAUAGUCCUCAGUAAUCCACUUACAGGGAAAUACACUGCUGCCACAGAGAAGCAGACACUGUAUAAGGAAAGCCGGGAAGCACAAUUUUAUUUAGUAGAUUCAGAAGUCCUGACACAUGACGUUCCCUACCAUGACUACUUCUAUACGCUGAAUAGAUACUGUAUCGUCCGAUCGGCAAAGCAGAGAUGCAGGCUGAGAGUUUCCACAGACGUGAGGUACAGGAAACAACCAUGGGGCAUUAUCAAGUCUUUAAUUGAGAAGAAUUCCUGGAGUUCGCUGGAGAGCUACUUCAAACAGCUCGAAUCUGAUUUAUUAAUGGAAGAGUCUGUGUUAAAUCAAUCCAUCGAAGACCCUGGAAAACUCAGUAGCCUACGGCGGAGAAGGCGGACCUUGAAUCGAACGGCAGAAACAGUUCCUAAGCUGCCCUCUCAGCGUUCUUCUAUCGAUGUGGGCUUCGAGGCCAAAGGGGAUGUUAUAGGAAAGAGAAAGACCGUGGACAGCUGUGACACCGCUCUGAUUGUGGUGAUGAGCAUUUUUUUGCUGUUGCUAGUUCUGCUGAACGUGACGCUGUUUCUGAAGUUGUCAAAGAUAGAACACGCCGCUCAGUCCUUCUACCGGCUUCACCUCCACGAAGAGAGAUCUUUAAAUUUAGUCGCUGAUAGGUUCUCAAGAACAGAAAAUAUUCAAAAGAACAAAGAUCAGGCUCACCGUUUAAAAGGAGUGCUCCAAGAUUCCAUAGUGAUGUUGGAACAGCUGAAGAGCUCACUCGUUAUGCUUCAGAAGACCUUCGAUUUACUAAACAAGAACAAGACGGGGGUGGCUGUGGAGAGCUAGCACCGAGCUGCAGAAAUCGGACACCUGGACCUGGAGACAACAGCUGGAAGGGAGCCGAGGAUGGAGGCUGUCACUGUCACAAGAACAGUUCUCAUAUUUUAUGUCUGGAUUUCUACUAGGAAAGCCUUAUUUAAAUAACACUUACCAAGUGGUUUCUCUCCAAUAGCCUUAAGACUCUAUCUUUUCACUUAUAGAUAUUUUUAAGCUGUGAAUUUCUCCAGUGAACCAUGAAAUAUAUUUUGGAAUUGAAAUUCUGUGACACAAAAGGGAAGGGAGACACCCUGGGCUCGGCGGCAUUUUUUCCUAUGCUGAGGCUUGUAACUUGACCUCUUAAAUUUAUCUGUUAGCACAGAGGCCCUGUGUGCCCAGUGGUCUGUGAGUUGUGUUCAUCACUGAGUUUAAGAGCCCAAAAAGCUACAGAAACAUUUUUUUUUUUUAGGCACAAACAUUCCAAGUUUGUAUCUUUAAAUGCUACAGUCUCUUCAUUGAUUUGGCAUGCAGGGUCAGUGGUCAAACCCUUUGAAACUCUGUGUUGUCUGAAAGAUUCAUGGGCCGUGUUGUAUCUUAAUGAAGGAACACGCACACACACACACACACACACACAAACUUAUAUGUACCAGAGGUGAGGUGUAGGAUACCUCAGAGUGAACUAUUUUUAGUUUUAGAAGCCAGAAGAUUAUGAUAAAAUCUGGGCAUUUCAUGAAAGAGCAAAUGAAUCCAUGAACUAUGCUUGGAUUCAGCCUAGCAGGGCCCGAUGCUGAAAGUGACCCACCUGGUUGAAAAUAAUCCAUCCUUUUUCAGUAGCUGCUAUAUAGUUUCAUUCUCUACACAUGUGUGUAGGCUGUGUCAUUGGCAAGUUACACGCUGGGCUACAAUAAAGACUGUGGAGUCCUUGCACACUGGCUGAAGUUGAGAGGCACAAACUCGGGAUUUCAGGAAAGCUGCUCAGGCAGUUGCCUCAGCACAAGGGGUUUGUGAAAAUCAGGACGUUGUGACCUGACAUCAGCUCCGACCCCCAGGAUUUAGGAAAAGUCUAGGACAUAAUUGUUUUGUUCUCUAGAGGGCUUUCUUCGUAUAUAUAUUAGACAGGGCUUCUCAACAGCUCUGGCUGUCCUAGACCUCACUAUUGUAGACCAGGCUGGCCUCGAACUCACAGAGAUCUGCCUGUCUCUGCCUCCCGAGUAUUGGGAUUAAAGGUGUGAGCCUCCACUGCCUGGCACAUAUAUUCUUAUUAUUUGAACAACCAUUACCUUUAGUGCAAUAUGUCACCAAAGUCAAAUGGCAUUGCUGACAACAGUUUUUGAGAUGCCUGUUAAAAAAAAAAAAAAAAAAAGAAAAUACGGACUGGAGCGAAGUGGGUUUCUCUGGAUGAACCCCAACUAAUCUACCUGGAGGGGGUGCAGAGUGGUAACUCCCGUUCGUUUUGUUCGCUUUUGUUAAGGACAUAUAAAGUUUCUCGCCGAGAGCAGGAGUGACUGGAGCAGAAAUCGGAAAUGGCUAAAUUUAGAAAAAUGUUAACCGUCGAAGGGAAUGUUUUUUUGUGGUUUCUCUCAAACUACUUUAUAAUAUACCUCAAGGAUUACCAACGUUACUUUGUAGAUAAAAGACUAAAUAUGUAUGCAGACUUAAUAAAUCUGAAUGUUAUGCAGUCUGACUUCAAUAAA